AUGCGCGCCUACUACUACGACAACGUCCCUGGCGACCAACGCCUCCCCCACGACUCCGGCCGCACCAUUGCCCCGGCCGCCCUCUCCGACCUAGGCAUAAAACACCACCACUUCCCGGACGACCUGGACAGCGUCAACGCCAUCGCAAGGGAACGCUCCUACAAGAACCGCGACGAGAUUGAGAUCUCCCCCUCCACCCUCCCAAACUACGAAGAGAAAGUCAAGACCUUCUUCGAUGAACAUCUACACGAGGAUGAGGAGAUAAGGUACAUCCUUGCGGGAGGAGGGUACUUCGAUGUCAGGAAUAAGGGCGAUGAGUGGGUGAGGAUUCGAUUGGAGAGAGGCGAUCUCAUGAUCAUGCCUGCAGGGAUCUAUCAUCGCUUUACUACUGAUGAGCAGAAUUACACGAAAGCUAUGCGGCUCUUCAAGGAGGAUCCAAAGUGGACGCCUCUUAAGCGUGGUGGGGAAACAGACGGAAACCAUUUUAGGAAGGAGUAUUUGACGGGAAGGGAUGCGGCGCUGGACUCGAUCCCUGAUGCGCAGAGGAUGACUUGA